CUUUAUAUUAUAGUUUAUCUAGAAAAAAACCCUGUGAGUGGCCAGUGGCCGACAUAUGCGGAGAACACUUCAGAGGUCCUGGACAAACUGCUCACCAACUAUCGCAAGGAGAUCAGACCAGGACUAGGGGGUCCGCCGUUAGUCAUUGAGACAGAUAUGCUCAUACGAAGUAUCGGUCAGAUCUCAGAGAGUGACAUGGACUACUCCUUCCAGUGUUAUUUCCGACAAAGAUGGACGGACGAACGCCUAAGGUUUGACAUUCGAAACAUCACAGAAGUCACCUUAAAUAACCUGUUCUUGUCCAAUAUCUGGAAACCAAAUACGUUCUUCAUGAACGGGCAAAAAUCGCAUCAACACAACAUUCCUCGACCUAACCUCUUUGUCCGUAUACGGAACGAUGGCAGAGUCUACCUUUCAAGGAGACUGACAGUAAAAGCUGCCUGUGCAAUGAAGUUAAACUUAUAUCCGAUGGACAAACCCUCCUGCCCGCUUGUCAUCGGUAGCUAUGGUUACACUGAAGACGAUAUCCUGUACCGGUGGAAAUAUGCUGGCACGAAUCGAACAUCUGUUGACGUUGUUAACGACAUUAGACUCGCACAGUUCGAUCUCAUUACCGUCACAUCCAGCAACAUGACCGAUCACACACCAUUUGGUGAGUUUUCCAUACUGAAGGUGUAUAUUUACUUUGAACGCCAUAUCGGGUUCUUCAUCCUCCAGACUUAUCUCCCCUGCUCAAUGAUCACGUGUCUUUCUUGGGUAUCCUUCUGGAUCAACAGGGAUGCCGCGCCAGCAAGAGUUCUUCUUGGAGUGACCACAAUCCUUGCUACCGCAGGUAUCGGUAUGACGGUCCGUGAGGGACUUUCUCGUGUCUCAUACGCCACUGCUCUGGACACGUAUCUUAACGUUUGUGUGGUUUACGAGAUGGCAGCUAUGAUAGAAUACGCGGCUGUGAAUUACUUCACCAAGGUGCUGCCCCUAGAGGGAGGGGCUGAUUCUUCAGACGAGGAAAUCGAAAAUGUAGAUCCACCUGGCCCAAAUGAGAGCGUUUGUCUUUAUUCUCAAAAGGAGUACAUUUACGGAAAGAGGACCCCAGAAUUGGAGAAAGCACUUCCAAGGACUUCAUUCAAGCUGCGAUCGGUCGAUUCUUGCCGCAAGAACAGAAGAAAACGACAGAAUUCAUUCGGGAGACUGUUUCUGAAAUGUCUUACAGGAAAUCUUAAGUAUAGGUCACAUUUACGUGGUCGGGGAAAUCCAGACACCGGUAAUGCCGUAAGCAACAUCGACGUUUGGUGCAGAUACGUGUUUCCAGUGACAUUCUUUGUAUUUAAUAUAUCUUAUUGGCUAUGCUAUCUGUUCAUUAUAUGA